AAAGGAGGUGGAUUUGUAUGUCACAUGACCGUCACGAGAUGUCUCUAGUGUCUAUGGAGCAGAAGAUCCGAGAAUGGCCUAUGUCGAUGGUCAUAGGAAGGAAAGAUUUUCAUUGUUACUAUUAGAACCAAGUGAAAUAUAUUUUGAAGAUUACAGUGUGUUUUCAUAUCCAGCAAAUUUUCCUGAAGAAGAAGCUAUUAAAAGAAAGCAGAAAGGCCGUUUGAAAGUUUGCUCAAAAUCUUUGGUCUUUGAGCCAAAUGAUAUCAAUAAACCUAUCCUAAAAUUUCAGUUAAAUGAAUGCACAAUUAUAGACCAAUGGAAUGGAUCCCUGUUAUCAAAAUUAGAUACAAAAGGUAAUGUUAUUCGUGUGGUUUCUGAGCAAGUUGUAGAAAUUGAAGGUGGCGUAAUUGCUCCUUAUCGAUUUAAAAGGGAAAGGCAAGCCUACCUCUUUACAUUAAAUUAUGUUAGUGCAUCUCAUUGUUUACCUCAGAUUCUGCAGUUACGAAGAGCAGCUACAUUGCCAGGAGUUGAACAAGCUUCUAUGAUAGCAGCAAUAGUUAUGUCCAGGCAAUCAAGAGUGAGUUUUGAUACAAGUUGGUUAGAAGAUUUGUAUGAGACAAUUAUUUUAGAAACUACGGGAAACAGAAUUACCCCAUUGGUGACUAAUCCAGGUCGCAUUCUUCUUACGUCAUCUCGAAUUUAUUUUCAACCUUAUAACAAUGCAGAACCUUGGCCUGUUCUCAAAAUUAGGCUUUCAGAUAUAAAAAGAGCAGUGAAACGUCGUUUUCUCCUUAGACAUGUUGGUAUCGAGUUAUAUUGUUCCAAUAAUUCUCCAAUUAAACAUUUAUUUUUGACAUUAAAAUCUCAUGAAGAAAGAGAGAAUUUGUAUAGCAAACUUUUAGAACAACCAGCUUUGGAUUUAGAAGACACAGCUACAGAUAGUAUGACUCUCUUAUGGCAGAAUGGAAUGAUAUCUAAUUAUGAUUAUCUUUUAUAUCUGAACAGCAUGGCUGACCGCAGUUUCAAUGAUUUAACUCAAUAUCCAAUAUUUCCCUGGGUGAUAUCCAAUUAUACUUCUUCAACUUUAGAUAUCUCUGAUCCUUCAUCAUAUAGAGAUUUAUCCAAACCUAUAGGAGCAUUAAAUGAAGAUCGGCUUCAAAAAUUAAUGGAAAGGUAUGAAGAAAUGGCAGAUCCAAAAUUUAUGUAUGGUUCACAUUAUUCAACUCCUGGCUUUGUUCUGUACUAUCUUGUCAGGCAAAUGCCACAAUAUAUGUUAUGUCUUCAAAAUGGAAAGUUUGAUCAUCCAGAUAGAAUGUUUAACAGUAUACCAGAUACUUGGCGAAAUGUAACUACAAAUACAUCUGAUUUUAAAGAACUUACUCCACAGUUUUAUGAGCCAGAAAACAAAGGAGAAUUUCUUGUUAAUUCUCAAAAUUUAGAAUUUGGAUUUAGACAAGAUGGAACAAAGGUUAAAGAUGUAGAGCUUCCAAAAUGGGCUAAAGAUCCUCAGGAUUUUAUCAUAAAACUAAGAAGUGCCUUGGAAUCUGAUAUUGUUUCAGAGAAUAUCCAUCAUUGGAUAGAUCUCAUGUUUGGAUAUAAACAGCAAGGAGAGGAAGCUGUGAAAGCAAAAAAUGUUUUCUAUUAUUUGACAUAUGAAGGUGCAAUUGACCUAGACAGUAUUAAAGACAUCAAUGAAAGAUAUUCUCUUGAAGUUCAAAUCAUGGAAUUUGGCCAGACUCCAAAACAGAUUUUUACCCAUCCUCAUCCCGAAAGAAAAUUGCCAAGAAUAAUGCAAGACAGACUUUGGUCACAAAAUUGUUACGUGGAAGCUAAAGACGGCAUUCAAUCGGAGCAAGCAUCUGGCGAUAAACCAUCUUUAAAACACAAAAAAUCAAUUAUGCAAGAAUGUCAUUGGAACAGAAAUAUGGAAUCUCUUACAAUAAUUACUGAAUAUAAAUUGCAUAAAGAAGAAGUAACGGACGUAACUAUUUCGUCAGAUGGAAAGAAUAUUUUUUCUGUUUCACAAGGUAAUAUAUAUUUUUUAAUUAUGAAAUAUUAACUAGUUAUAUUCAAAUAACCUACUAAAUUUAACGAUCCAAACAUAAUUAAAAUCCUUACAUUGAAAAUAAAUAUUGCAUAUUAUCUUAGUAAACUCUUUUAGUGAUACAGUCAAACCUGUCUAUAAUGGUAUCCUGUGGGACCGAGCAAUUCUUCCAUAGUAAACAGGUUUCCACAUAUGGGUUAUCUACUAUGGGUAUCCCUUGAUUAAUGCGAUUAAUUAAUCUCUCAAUGCCAUUGCAUAUAUCAAAAUCACAUUAAUCAAAUACAGUGGCUUCUCAGUACUCUACAGAACAAUCAUGACUCACUAGAACAAAAUGAGUAACUAAUUAAAAAAUAAAAUGAAACCUUAGAUCUGUCUAUCUUAGUCAGACAAAAUUAUACUCUAUCUAAUUUGUUUGUUUUCCACACACAUUGUGAAAAACUAUUCAUGGUUUACAACUAUUUCAAGUGGUUGAAGUGUUUCAACAAUAUGUAUCAGUCACACAGUAAGAUUUGUUGUUCGUUAACAAGUUGUUGUUAAUUGAUUUUUAACAAUUUCUUCCUGCAAUUUCUCUUUGUCAACAGCUUUUGGGUGGCACGUAUGUUAUGUAUCCUUUAGUUCAAAAUUUCCCAAACAAAACUUUCAAAAUAGCAUUUCAUGUGUUCAAACUUUAGGAGCAUCUAUCCCGUAAACACUACAAGAAUUUUUUACUGUUUGUAUAGCAUUAUAGCCUUUACAAAACUUGCACA